AUGAGCCGCACCGACACCCUAGAUGAGGGCAUCUCCGACUAUGGCAGCAGAGGAGCCCAGCGGAAGGGAGGCAGGCACACCGAUAGAAAGGUUGCAUCUGCAUCAAGAGGAAAGAGCCUGGGGAAAAUUUAUUCUGACUUGCAAACUGAUGAUACUAAUGUGCAGGAUGCCAUCCUUAAAGAUUUUUCUAUGCCGACAACAUUUUCAUACUCUGAACUCUUAUCGGGUGGUAAUGGAUACCAAGUUGGAUUAAUUCAACAAUCACUACCUUCAAAUUUGACCCCAUCACCAGAUUCUUUCACAUUUAAUGUGCAAGAUAAACCAAUGCAAACUCUGGUUCUAUCACCUUGA